CAUCCAUCCUCUCGCACUGCAUCAGCUGCCACGGCGCUUCUCGUGUAAGGACGUCACUGACUCUCUCCACUUCCUCUCCUUCCCUCGCUACUUUUUUUUUUCCUUUUUUGUUCCAACCGAGAGCGUAUCUCCUUUUGCUCGCUGCCUCGCUCUACGCCGCCCACUUAUUCCCCACCAUUGAUCCGACCACUCGCCGGCUUCUCCUUCGCCUCCAUCGCAUCCCCCCGCUGCGCGCUUUUCACCAUUCUAGUCCAACGGGAUACAGAAAGGCGCACCAAGGAAAAAAAAACACCAAGCCACGCCAGGAUUUAGGACCAAAAUCAGAGGAGAAUCACCAUGGCGAGCACCGAGGACAAACCCGCCAACAAGGAGAACGCGUCUAGUUGGAAGGACUCCAUCUAUAACCCCAGAACUGGAGAGCUUUUGGGUCGCACGGCCAGCAGCUGGGCCCUCAUCCUCCUCUUUUACCUGGUCUUCUACUGCUUCCUGGCCGGGAUGUUCGCUCUGACCAUGUGGGUGAUGCUGCUGACCCUGGACGACUACGUGCCCAGAUACAGGGACCGUGUGCCCUCCCCAGGCUUGGUGAUCCGUCCUAACACUAUGGAGAUCACAUUCAGCAAGUCGGACACCAAGUACAAUGGCUACGUCUCACAACUGGAGUCUUUUCUGCAGCGAUACAACGACACUCUUCAGGAGCAGAACGUGCAGGACUGUGUCAAAGGGCAGUACUUCCUCCAGGACGACGUGGAGGAGAAGAAGGUCUGCAGCUUCAAGAGGGGCUUACUGAAGGCCUGCUCCGGAUACUCCGACAGCAGCUUCGGCUACGCCGAUGGCCAGCCCUGCAUCCUGCUCAAACUCAACAGGAUCAUUGGCCUGAUGCCUCGCGGGGAGCCCUACAUCAACUGCACAGUGAAGAAAGUCUCUAUGCAGAUGGCGUAUUACCCCGAUGAGGGCCGCAUCGAUAAGAAGUAUUUCCCCUACUACGGCAAGAAGGCCCAUGAGAACUACGUGCAGCCCCUGGUGGCAGUGAAGCUGCUGCUGGAGAAGGACCACAUGAAUAAGGAGCACUCGGUGGAGUGCCGGGUAGACGGCACCAACCUGCGCAACAACGAUGAGCGAGACAAGUGGCUGGGCCGCGUCAGCUUCAAAGUGAAGGUGAUGGAGUAAAUCGCCGCUCGGCCGCGGGGAUGCAAAGCAGAGGCUGCCAAUGUUGCUCUAAAGCUAAGAAAUCUGAAAGGGAGAGUCACAUCACGUCAGCGAGGCAGCAUUCUGCCAAAGGAUGCGUUCAAUGGGCUUCACCGCCAUUUGGAAAGCUCUUCGAAUGUUGCUUUGAUGACUUUUAUGACCUUUCUUUCCUUCAGCUGACCUCCUUCAAGAUCCCAACGAACAAGUUACAGGCUUUGCACCUGAUCAGUCAUCUUACCAUCCACCGCUCCAUCCCUCAUAGCAAAUCCACGUGUUGCACUGCCCAAUCUUAUCAUUUAGCCUCAUUUGAUAGCCAUUAUGAACAAGCCAUCAUACUUCUAGCUUACUUAGCUCAUUUGUUAUGGUUGUGUUUCCAUAAAAUACCAUUUCAAUUUUUGAAAUAUUGUAAAAAGACAAAUUUGUGACAAGUUUCUGAUUGGUGUUGGAAGGCUGAGGUGGAUUUUGCAGUAGUUUGAGGAAUAGCUUACAUUAUUUUGAAUGAGAUGUUACUCUACUUCUGAGUGAUUCCACAUGUGUGUUUUGACAGAUGAUAGAAACUGCUUAUGGUGCGAGAUCGGAGUUUGCUCCGUCAUGGUUUUGAAUGCACACUGUUAUCAUUCCAAUAAUAACUUCUUGCUUAACUGCCAAUACGCAAAUGGAAGGUGUGAAUCAUGUCGAGGUGGAAAAGGUAGAUUCCUAUGCGGGGCUGUGUGAGUAUUUUUGGCUAACAGUUAAAUAGCGAUGUAUCUCAAUGUGUCUGUUAGCUUCGUGUGUGAUGUCUUGCUAUUGGUUGGAAGUAAAACUGUUGUUAAAAAAAAAAGAAAAAAAAAAAGUCCGACCUUUAUGGAACCAGUCACAAAUUUUCCUUGCGAUAUUCCAAAAUGAUCGUAAAUCCCUUUAUGGAAACACUCGACGUAUUUCCGAAGUGUUGUCGCCAUCCCAUUACAAGUGUGAAUGCUGAUCUGAAUUAUGGCGGGUGCAGAGAGAAUUUUUAUCUUGCUGUAUAGUAUUUGAGAAAGAAUAGCUUUCCAUGUAUCAUUCUCACUUCAGAGACUUCAUUGAAAACAUAUGUUGAUAAUCAAGUAUAGCCACUGUAUCCUUGUAUAUGAAAUGCCAAUUACAAAGUCCCUUUCUACGUAUAAAUAAAUAAAUACAUUGUGAAACUUACAUAUUUAGGGAACUCUAGAUAGAUCUACGUGCUGUGGUGCGGCCAUGGCCCAGUCUUGUGCUGUCUGUCUGUCUGUCUGUCGUUUGCAUGUUGUCCGUCUGUCGGCUGUCUUCCCGUCUACACACCUCUCCACUGCAAUAGUCGAGUGCAAAGGACUCUGUCAGGGCUCCCACGCAGGCUCGGCACAAUCUCACCCUGCUGGAACCAAGACAUGACAAAAUAUGUACAGUUUUGUGUGCAAAUACUUCAUUGAAUGGAUCACAUUUUCAUUUGGAAGCUUGUUUUGGCAAUAUCAUCUCAGUCAUUUUAAAGUAUCUGCGCACUGUUAAAGCUGCCGUGUUGUUUUUAUCAGUAGAUGGCGGAUAUGAAAAGACUGUCAUAGGUAGGGUUGUCAAAAGUAUCGAAAAUCAGAUACUAAUCGAUGCUAAAACUAGAAUUGAAACUAGGUACUAAUCUGAGCAGGUAUUGAUACUAAAAAAGUCACAUUCACAAGACAGAAAUUAAACUUUCCUGAAUAUCUUUAGAAUGAUUUUGAGCUGUAUCAGAACAAGUAUAAGACACAUAGACUAGUAUACACCAUGGACCACUAUGGAACCUGCUGGACGACUGAGGGAUUACACAGGUAUAAGGCCACAUGGGAAUAGAAAAGAUAGUACUGCAAUUCAGUGCUGAAAAUCACAUUUGAUUGUCUAAUGAAAGAGUGAUUUUAUUAUCAUCGUGGUAUCGGAAUCAGUAUUGAGUCUAAUCCUUAGUGUCUAAAACGUUUAAAAUUUUAGUAUCGUGACAACACUAGUCCCAGGACUCACACAGAAACAGUAGAAAGCCGGGUACUAACUUUGAGAGGGGAGUUUAAGCAUUAGUGAAGCAAUCGUGCAUAUUACAUCUUUAAAGCAAAACAGUGCCACUUGACAAUGAUCAUCUUAAAUACUUGCUUUCCAUACUUUUACUACAUAUUUUAAAAUGUUUAAUAUAUACAGUAUAUAUUAUGUAGAUUUGGAGUUCUCAGCCGCUUGUUGGGACCUCAAAAUGGAUGUGAAUACUGAUUAUUAGCUUGUAAUAGACAAUUGUGAAAUAUAGUUUAGAUAUUAUAUUUCUAUAUCGUGUGAGAGACUUUGUUUAGUUUUCUGAGUGUGCUAUCAAACUGAAGACACUGGACCCUGAGGUGAGACCAGUUGAGAAUGACUGCUGUAGAUCGACACCACCUUUUUUCCAUUUUCUAUCACACUCAGUUCAUGCAGAGUUCAUUUCAGUGCGAUUGAAGAAGUGACGUACUCUUUUACCAUUAAAGUCUUGUACUGGGACGUCCCGGUGCGAGAAGGCGCGGGAGCCCUGACCUCCACCUGCUGCUGCUGUGGCUCGGUGGUGCUUGUGGACUGUGGAAGCGUAGGCUCAGGAGGCUACACAAAAACUGGCUUUGAGGCGUAGAGGCGUUGCAAAAAGGCAAAAGAAAACCCAAUGUAACUAUGUACUGUAUAUCUAUGUGUUCUGUAUCUAUCUCGGUCUCAAAGAUUGUUUGUUAGUUUCUCUUCUUCAGCCUGUUGAUCUGAUUGUCUGCCGAGCUCUAUCUACUCUACUCGAUGUAUAUAUAUAUAAACACUAUCUACCAUAUUUACUGAAUUCACACUGUAUUUUUGUCACAACACACAAUGUCUGUGCACUGUAAAGAAAUAAUUUAAGGAAAGAUUUACAGGAAAUGAUCUUAUUCAAAGCUAUGUUUACACAGUCUUAAAAAGGAACCCACAUUUGAAAAAACAACUUGUAACAUCUCUUCAGGGUGCCUUAAGACCUGAUGAAAUAAAUUGUGGAAUAAAAGUGAUUUUGAAGAAAAAAUG